AGCUAUCAUUGGAUGACACACUCGUGAAACAAAACGUAAGUUUCCAUUGUCGUAUCAUUCAUUGUCUAAUUUCAUUCAGAUAACAUACCCUGCGUUUUCGCCUCAUCCAAUCCAAUUCAAUUCAAUGGCUGUCUCAACUUCUUCACUCCCCAACUUCCUCUCCUUCCUGUUACCCACAAAACAACCGUCACCACCGCCGCAACUGAACUUGCCUUCAUCAUCGCCGCUCCCUUCUCACACCCUCAAGAUGAUGAAACCCUCUCACAACUCAGCGUCUCCAACGACACCACGCCGCGACGGUCCUUCUUGUGACGAACUGUCUUCCGUGGUGUGCCCUUCCUUGGCGUACUCGAACACGUUAUUCUUCCGAUCCGCGUACAACGUCCAGGUGGUGGUCGGAGAGGAAGAGGGGGAGGAGAGGCUGCUCAACAGGUUCCGGCGAGAAGUGAUGAAGGCCGGUGUCAUUCAAGAGUGCAAGAGGAGAAGGUUCUUCGAGAACAAGCAGGACGAGAAGAAACGCAAGCACCGUGACGCUGCUAAACGUGCUAGUCGUGCAAGGCGCCCUUUCACUAAAUUUUCAGCACAGAACAAGCAGGAUGUCCCAACAACAACCAAGAAGGUAAAAGACGACGAUAACUGGGACCUUCCUGAAGGAGACUUAUUGACCAAUUGAUUCUCCCUAAGCUCUGUAGGUUUUCUUCACAUUCUACAGUGAGAGGUUUUUUCCAGCUUGUAAGUUCAGUUAUGUAAAAUGACUUGGUACAUUUUCUAUAUGUUUAAUAAUGUGAUGUAAUUUGUUUUUAUUUUUUGUAUAUUAAACUUUGUUUCGACAUUGGUUCUUUGAAAUCUAGCAUCAACCAGUUUUCUC